AUGACUCAAGAAUCGAAAGAAAAUAUCACUAUAAAAUCAUUAAGUGAAGAAGAAUCAAAGGAUCAGCCAAAAAUCACAGAGGAAAGUGCUAGUGUAUCCAGUAAAAGUGUAUUCGCAAGGUGGUUGAAACCAAAGAGUGUUAGUGGAUUGAAAUUCGUGUCCAAAGACGUUUUAUUGAUACGCGUUGGAAAAACGUUAAUAUUUUAUGACGGGAAUACGCAAAAAGAAGAUAUUCUAAUAGUAAGCAGUAAAUCAUCCCCGGGGGUGGUGGUGAUGAUGAUCUACAUUUAG